UUGAGGUCCGCCGUGCGAGCUGUGGAGAAGGAUGGCAGGGAAAACCAGUGAUCAGUUCAAGCCAGGCGACCUGGUGUUUGCCAAGAUGAAGGGCUUUGCUCACUGGCCGGCCAGGGUCUGUAAAUCCAAGGAGGGCUACAAGAAGCGAGUGCCGGUCUACUUUUUCGGGACCCAUCAGAUAGGCGCCGUCCCGCCGGAGAACGUGGUUCCGUUCGCCGGGAACAAGCUGAGGUACGGCAGCGGCGUGCGCAUCAGAGGCUUCGCUGAGGGCAUGUGGGAGAUCCAGAACACGCCCGGGAUCGACAGUAAACUCAAAGCAACAGGAAAACCCAACACUACUGCAACACGAACAAAAGCUGCUCCUGCACCUAAACCUCCACACAAUAAACUCCAGCGCCCCUCCGCACCCAGGAGGUCCAUCAGUAAAGGUGCUGCUGGUGCUGAGCGCCCUCCAGGCAGAGUUUCAGGAGCACCAGAACCUGCUGCUAGGGUCUCCAUCAGAACAUCUUCCAGGCUCGCUUCAGAUGGACCCACAGCCUCCAAACAGACUGAAGAGCUUCCUGCAGCCACCAGAAGCAGGCGGGCGGCAAGCGCCGGGCCGAGUGCACAGCCACAGAUGACCGGAAGCUCCACUCCUGCCGAGGAUAAAAGAGAGACGAGAUCAAACCGAGCUCCAGACUCGUCUGUGAGGGAGCCUGAGGGAGGAGGAGGAGCAGCUUCCAGCGUUGCAGACACGGAGGAAGCUGCUGCUGCUGCUGCUGCUGCUGCUGCGGGCAGAGUGUCCACCCGCAGCAGAGGCCCGGAUGUAGACCUCGUUAAGAUUCCUGCUGCCUCGACUCCUGGGAGGAAGAGGAAAGAGGAGAAAGAAGAGGAGAUCGGAGAGGUCAAGAGGAAGAAAGAGGAGGCACAGGAGGAGUUGAAGAAGAACAGCAGCGAGGAGAAGAAAGAAGAGAGAACAGAAGAAAAGGCAUCUGAGAGUAGAGGGUCAAAAAGAAAGACGGAGGAGGAGAAAACUGAGGGAGGAACGACGAGGAGAACUGAGAACAAGCAGGAGACGAGUGAGGAGGAAACAGGAGGAAUAAAAACAAGGAUACCUGAGAAGAACAAUGUGGAGCAAACAGAGCUAACCAAGACAAGAACUGAGAAAGAGAAGAUGGCUGAGGAGGAAACAGUGGAGGUGAAGACAAGGAGAUCUGAGGAGGAGAAGGAUGCUCCUGGGGAGGAAGGAGAGAGACUUAAAACAAGAAGAGCCGAGAGGGAUGGAGAGAAGCCCGAAGGUAGAAAAACUAUAAAACCUGAAAAAGACAAUGAGAAAACUCAGAGACUGAAGACAAGAAAAACUGAGAAUGAGAAGACACCUGAAGAAGAAGCAGGGAGGAGGAAGACUAGGAGGUCAGAGAUGGAGAAGGAGGCUUCUGUGGAGGAAGGAGAGGAAGUUAAAACCAGAAGAGCCGAGACGAAUGAGGAGAAAACUGAGAAAAUAAAGAUAAGAAAUGAGACAGAGAAGACGGAGAGGAAGACGAGGAGUUCUGAGAAGAAGGUGGUCUUAGAGGAAGAAAGAACAAAGAAAAGAAGACGUGAGAAUAAAGAACAGAAGCAGGAAGAACAAAAGAAGAGGAAAGAAGAGACGAGCAACAAGAUCAAAGCAACAGAAACGCUGCUAAAACCCCUGAAAAAUGUUUCUGACGAGGAGAAGGAGGUGAGGAAGGAGGAGAGCUGGAGAAUAAAGAGGAAGAGACGGGAGGGAGAGGAGGAGGCACAGAAGAAAAGAAAACGGGAAGAGGAGAGAGGAGAAAGGUCGAGUGGGCCAGAGGACGAACAGAAGGAAACGCAGGAUGAAGGAGAGACAGCAGAGGAGGAGAAAGAUGAGGAGGAGCACAGCCUGGCAGCGAAGAGGGAGAGCUUGUUGAAGUCGCUCAGAGGUCUGCUGAAGACGAAGGAGACGACGACAAGCACUCAGAGGACGAGAGACAGAGCCGAGAAGAAGAAACGCAGGGGGGACAAAGAGGCCGGCAGCCAGAAGACGGCAGGAGAGAAGACAAGAGACCAAAAGAAAACUGAGAGGAUGGACGGUGAAAAAAUGUCCACCAGGAAGUCGACAACAGACAGGAAGUGGGACAAACAAAAGACUUUACAAAAAGACACAAAAACCAGAAAAGUAGAAGGUAGCCUGAAGGACAAAGAGGAGGGUCGAUUGUCCAACCAAAGGACGUCUUCAGAGAGACGAAAAGGAGACGACCAGAAGAACGACGACAGACACAAAGACGAGGUGUCCAUGUCAGAGAUGCAACGUGUUGAACGGAGGACGGAGAUAAAACAAACCAGUAAAUUGUUGGAGACAACGAAAGGAAGCAGGAAAGACCGGGAGGAACAGCAGAAGACAGGAGGAAAGAAAACAGAGGAGGUGAAAAAGAACGAAGAGUGGACAGAGACGAGGACGAGUAAAACGGCAGGAAAAACCAAAGACACUGAUGGGGACGAGGACAGAAGAACAACCCGAGGGUCGGCAGCAGAGAAGGAAGGAGAGAGGAUGGAGCAGGACAAGAAAACAAAGGAAGAAAGGAAAGCAAAGACGGAGGACAAGACGAGAAACGACGGAGCAAAAGAGAAGAAAGAAGACGAUGACAAGGCUGUCGGAACAAGAGAGCAGAAAGACGAGAGGAAAAUCAUUGGAAAGAUCGUGAAAGCUGGUCAGGGAACGAAGAUCCACAUCAAGACGAUGAUGGGAGGAACGAAGACGACAGAGGAGAAGAAAGACGGGAAUUUAACCAAGAAAGAAGAGGAGGCGAAAAGGAGGGGAAGCUCUGAGGACGUCAAGGCAAAGCAACGCUUGGAGGACAAGAAAGACCAGAUGAAAAAAGACGAGCGAAAGAGUAGAGCAGGUGAGACGAGAAGAAGAGAGGGGGAGCAGAAACCUGAAGAGAGGAAGGUGGAGAAAACUCCUCGGAGGAAACGUGACGAGGAGUCGCAGCAGACGAAAGACGACAAAACGACGUCUGGGCGAACGGAGGAGAACAAAGUUCAGAGGAAGACGAGCAGCGAAGAGACGCCGGCUGAGUCCACGAGCAGAGAGGGACAGGAGAGCGCAGAAAAGGACAGAAGACCAGGAGAGCAGCAGAAGAAGAGCUCAUCCGCCUUGCUGACGGACUCGGCUCUGCACCGGAUCCACGGAGACAUCAGGAUCUCUCUGAAGACCGGAAAGCCCGACGUCAGGAAGUGUUUGGCAGCGUUGGACCAGCUCAGCAGGCUUUACGUGACGUCGCAGCACGUCCAGAGACACAGUGAACUCAUCGCCACACUCAGACAGAUGCGGUUCUACCGGGCCAGCCAGGCCAUCAUGGACAAGGCCUCCAUGCUCUACAACCGCUUCAAGAACUCCUUCCUGGUGGGGGAGGGCGAGGAGGUGGUGAGCGCCGCAUUCCUGCGCUCACUGCUGGAGCAGAAGGAGCAGGAGGAGCAGGAGAGGGCGGAGCUCUGGAGGAGAACGUUCCUGCAGGAGGCGGAGGGAGCGGCAGGAGGUGAAGCUGCAGGUGGGUCAGAGCGUUGA